CAGACGUGCGCGUCGCAGUUGUCGGCACAGCAAGCGAAUACGUUAAACGCAAAUAGUUCAACUUGUUAAACAAAAAUCAAAGCAAAGCGAAAAUAUAUUUGAAGCGAAGACAAGUGCAAGCAAAACUGUGUACCAAGUGAAUUUCAAACUGAAACUGUUACAACAAUUUAUUCCAAAUAUUCAAGUGAAGUGAACCAAUGGCACUAGAGGAUCGCUGCAGUCCACAAACAGCGCCCAGUCCACCAAGUGGUUUCCAACAUCAUCAUCAUCAGCAGCAGCAGCAGCACCUGCUCCACUCUCUACCCAUUACAAUCUCAGCCCUGGACAUGAGUAUGCAACCAGGCGCGGCUGCCUCGGCGGCGUCGCUUUACCAGCAGCAGCAGCAGCUGCACUUGCAUCAGCUGCAACAGUUGCAGCAGUUGCACCAACAGCAACUGGCGGCUUCGGCGGGCGUGUUCCAUCAUCCGGCUGCCGCUUUCGAUGCGGCUGCGCUGCAUGCAGCGGCGUUGCAGCAACGCUUGAGCGGCUCACCCGGUGCUCACUCCACGGGCGCCUGCUCCACGCCCGCCUCCACGCUCACCAUCAAGGAGGAGGAGAACGAUUCCAUACUGGGUGAUAGUUUCCACAACCAAACCGCGACAACAACAGCCACAGAGGAGGAGAUGGACGAGGAUGAGGACGACAUCGAUGUGGAUGACACCGCCACCGACAGCAGCAGCGCGCGCUUGCCGCCGCCUGCGCAUCAGCAAUCCAAGCAGUCCAAGCCCUCGCUUGCCUUCUCCAUCUCCAACAUCCUCAGCGAUCGCUUCGGCGACAAGCAGACCAAACAGGGCGACAGCUCCUCGGCCAGCGUUGCUGCUGCUGCAGCUGCUGCCGCCGCCGCCGCCAGCAUCUUUCGCCCAUUCGAGCAGAGUCGCGCUGGCGCUGCCACGCCCUCCGCCUUCACGCGUGUGGAUCUGCUGGAGUUCAGCCGACAGCAGCAGGCAGCAGCCGCCGCCGCCACCGCAGCGAUGAUGCUGGAGCGCGCCAAUCUGCUCAACUGCUUCAAUCCCGCUGCCUAUCCGCGCAUCCACGAGGAGCUGGUCCAGAGCCGCCUGCGUCGCAAUGCCGCCAAUCCCAAUGCCAAUCCCAAUGCAGUGCUGCCGCCAUCGGCCAAGCUGCUCAGCGAACCCAGCGCCGAAAAGUCCGCCCUGGGCUCACUCUGCAAGGCCGUCAGCCAGAUUGGCCAGCCCCAAUCCAGCCACACGCCCCAGUCCAGCAGCUCGAGCAGCCUCAGCGCCAGCAACUUGGCCAGCCCGCCACCAGCUUCGAAUGCCUCCACCAUUAGCAGCAGUUCCUCCAUGGCCAACUCGAGCAGCAGCGCCUGCUCCAGCUCCGGCGCCAGCUCGCUCAACUCCUCGCCCAGCAGCCGCCUCGCCAGCAGCAGCAGCAGCAGCAAUGGAGCACAGCAUGCCAGCAGUCCACAGCCCAUACCGCCUCCAUCUGCAGUGAGUCGCGACUCCGGCAUGGAGUCCUCGGACGACACGCGCUCCGAGACGGGCUCCACCACCACCGAGGGCGGCAAGAACGAAAUGUGGCCCGCAUGGGUCUACUGCACCCGCUACAGCGAUCGUCCCAGCUCAGGACCACGCUACCGUCGCCCCAAGCAGCCAAAGGACAAGACCAACGACGAGAAGCGACCACGCACCGCUUUCUCCAGCGAGCAAUUGGCACGCCUUAAGCGCGAAUUCAAUGAGAAUCGCUAUCUGACGGAGCGUCGUCGCCAGCAGCUGAGCUCGGAGCUGGGUCUGAAUGAGGCGCAGAUUAAGAUUUGGUUUCAAAACAAACGCGCCAAGAUUAAGAAGAGCACGGGCUCCAAGAAUCCGCUGGCGCUGCAGCUGAUGGCCCAAGGACUCUACAAUCACACCACGGUGCCGUUGACCAAAGAGGAGGAGGAGCUCGAGAUGCGCAUGAAUGGUCAAAUACCAUAAGCCUAAGCAUCCCCCCGCCCCCUUCAUCCUAAACUCACGUUCCGGCUGGUCCAACAGUGUGCAAUAAACAAAAGUCGCCCCCCUCCCCCCCACACUCUCUUCAGCUCUUCAUCUCUGCUCCUCUCAGCGGCGUACAAAUGUGUUCAUGUGAUAUAAUUGUAAAAUACAGCUAUAGAGCUAUAUAUGCUAACUAUAAGCUUCGCAUCUGCUAAAUCCGCUUAACUGUUUAUCUCUAUCUCUCUCUCUCUCUAUCUAUAUAUAUAGCGCAAGUAUUAUCUUCACCCAAUCGCUUGUCUUACACACACACACAUGUAUCUUUGUAUAUGUAUAUAUGCCCAACAUGUUAUAUAGCCAUAAGUAAUUUAAAAUCGAAGCUAAAGUUCUGUAGCCUAAUCUAUAUAUAUAUAUAUAUCUAGUUUAGACGCAAUCGCAUUAGAUCGCUUUGACAAAGAAGUAUUUCUAGUUUCUAAGCUUGCUAAAACGCAAAAUGUUAUACAUUCAACACCACAAACAAAUAUUUAAAACACAAAUGCACUUAAACAAAUCAAAAAAAAAAAAAAAAAACACUAAACAAAGCAAUUUAUGGAAAUCCAUGUGCUAAAUCAA